CCAACGUGGAGGGCGCAGCCUGGAAUGUCAGUGUAAUAAGUCACAUGAUAAUAUUCAUUUCCAGCCGUACCAAGUGUAAAGGCAACAUCUACAAAAAAUGGCUAAAAAGGAAAUGGUUAAACCACUUUUGGGAAACAAGAGUGAAAUUCAUCAUUGCGGCCUCCAGAAAAUUGAUGUUGGCAUUCUGGGAACUGGAGAUUUUGCACGCUCUUUGGCUGCACGUCUGGCAUGUUCUGGUUAUGGUGUAAUCAUAGGAAGCCGACAUCCUAAACGCACUGCAGCUUUGUUUCCGACUAUGAAUGAAGUUACCAGUCAACGGGAAGCCAUAGGCAAGGUCAACAUUAUCUUUGUAGCAGUGAACCAUGAACACUACAGCACAUUGAAUGAACUAAGAGAUGUCCUGGCUGGGAAGAUUUUGGUGGAUGUCAGUAACAAUAUGAAAAUAAAUGUCUGUGAGGAAUCAAAUGCUGAACACCUUGCUACUAUGUUCCCAGAAUGCACCGUUGUGAAAGCAUUUAAUGUCAUCUCAGCCUGGGCUUUACAGUUUGGAGCAAGAGAUGGGAUUAAACGGGUGCUGAUCUGCAGUGACAGCCAUGAAGCUAAAUGUGUAGUGACUGAAAUGGCACGAAAUAUGGGAUUCAUUCCUGUGGAUAUGGGCUCGCUAUCAGCUGCAAAAGAAAUUGAGAACCUUCCGCUUCGCCUUUUUCCUUCCUGGAAAAUACCUGUCCUUAUUUCACUAGGCUUAUUUGUAUUUUUCUAUAUCUAUAACUUCAUUAUAAGUGUUAUUCACCCAUAUGUAGUGAAAGGACAGAACAGAUUUUAUAAAAUCCCAGUUGAGCUUGUUAAUGUCACUCUGCCAUGUGUUGCAUUUGUGAUGCUGUCCCUUGUUUACCUACCAGGAGUCCUAGCAGCCAUCUUUCAGUUGCAUAAUGGCACCAAAUACAAACGUUUUCCAGGUUGGUUAGAUCAGUGGCUUCAGCAAAGGAAACAGCUUGGCCUUUUGAGCUUUUUCUGUGCUAUUUUGCACACAAUCUAUAGCCUCUGCCUCCCAAUGCGCCGAUCUGCACGUUACGAGCUGUUGAAUGAGGCUUUUAACCAGGUCAAAAAUGGUAAAGAAAAUGCUUGGGUAGAGGAAGAAGUAUGGAGGAUGGAAAUUUACCUUUCCUUUGGAAUUCUGGCUAUUGGCAUGCUUUCACUGCUUGCUGUGACCUCAUUGCCAUCAGUGGCUGGUUCUAUGAAUUGGAGGGAAUUUAGUUUCAUUCAAUCUGGAUUUGGAAGUGCUGCAUUGGUGAUCAGCACUCUACACACGCUGACAUUUGGGUGGGCUAAAGCCUUCAACUCAGCCCAAUACAAAUUCUACCUGCCACCUACCUUUACAAUUGCUCUCAUCAUACCUUGCAUGGUGCUUCUAGCCAAAGUGUACCUGUUCCUUCCUUUUGUCAAUCGCAAACUGACACGGAUCAGACGUGGCUGGGAGGUUAAUCGCCAAGUUAAAUUCUGUAAGGGUGGUGAUGCUAGCCAAUUUUCAGAUUACCAAGCAGAGAACACUAGCAUUGUUUAAGAACUACCUCUGCAAUAUCUAUCAUUUAUUUUUUGAAAAUUUGCAAAUUUUUUCAAUUAAUCGAAGCACUAAUUCUAUUUCUAGAGUAUUUUGUAAGUUAUAAAUAAAAAGCUUUUUUGAUAUGAUUGGUAAAGAAUAGUUGUCUGCAUUUCUAUUUGUUUUGUUUAUGCUUUGUACAGAAAGAAUUAUUAGCAUUUUAUUCGUUACAUACGUGGGUAGUAACAUAAAAUGCCAUUUAUUAGAAUGAAUAGUUUUUAGGAGGGUUGAUACUGUAGCAGUUUCUAAUGUCAUUUGUAAUUGUUCAGAAGAAUGUUCAGUAUAUGGAAUAGUACAGAAGGAAUAGACAGACCAGUGCCAAAACAAUAGGUAGUUGUAAACAUAUAUCAAGCACACAUCUUCAUAGUGAAUCCAUAAGAUUACAAGAUCCAAAAUCAAUAAGCUGCCACAUAAAGAAACUACAGCAUUCUAUAAGUCUUGCAGAUUGCACACUCUUCCUCUCAGCCCAAUAGAGGAUAUUGACUUGAAGUCAUCGAACUCUAAACAUUAACUAAGAUUCAGUUAAGAAGCAGGACUAAGCUAACUUAAAUGACUUGCCCUUCAUUGGAGCUGGAACAGCUAAGUUGUUCAUCCUAUACCUGGUGAUGCGCUUAAUAAGUCAGUGUCAAAAACAGCUCAAUAACUGCACCAAAUUAUUUUGUGUAAGCAACUUGCAAUAUCCAAAAUGACUUCAGAGGGUAAUGUACGGUUACUCCUGCACAAUUUAGUAACACUCAGAUAAAAGCAAAAUACUGCAGAUGCUGGAAAUCUGAAAUAAACACAAUGCUAGAGAAACUCAACAUGUCUAGCAGCAUCUGUGAACAGAAACGUUGAAUCCAAUAUGACUUCAGAAUAAAAGUUGGGUGGGGGCUGGGAGAGGGGAGACAGAGAGAAAAUGCUCACACAUGCUGGGCAGGAACACUGAUUCUUUACUUACCCCAUCAGAAACUCUUCCAAUGUGACUGCUGCCUUUACCUAGAUUAAGUGAAUAGAAGUAUUUUCUUUGCUGUGUGAUGCUUUGGAAUGUCAAGAGUGUGUAACAAACAAGCUGUGCCUUUCACUCUACUUUUAAUGGGAUGGAGACGAUUUAAUAAACUUUACACUUUUAGUGUAAGUUCUGAUGGUUGGGAUUCAAUAAGUGAAUUUAUCUCCAUUUGAAAAAAUAUUAACAUAACUUGACUACAACAUACAGUUUCUGAUUUCACUCCAUCCUUCCAGUUCCCCAACAGAAAAUAAGACAGUGGUCUCCAACCUAUUUCAGAAUGAAUAAGUAACCAAUCAUAAGCAGGUGGCUAUUCCAAUUUUCUACCUUUAUUGCAGGGAAAGUACUCAAUAUUUUAAGGCAAAAACAUCACGGAAGAGGCUAUUAGGCUAACCAAAUUAAAGUGUACAGUUCUACUGUCAACAUUAACAGGAAAUAACUAAGUUUAUUUAUAUAGAUGAGCACCUCGAUUCAUGAACAAGUUUCAGCAUAUUCUGAAGGAUAUAAUAUGAGCUCAUUAAAAUUGUUUGAGAUUUAGCACAUUUUAUUUCAAUCACCAUUUUACUACAGGGUUCUUUUUGAACUUUUCAUAAUCUUCUCUCUUAAAACAAGCAAUUUCUGUUUCAUGGGCUGAAAAAUAAAGAGACAAACAUGAAGGUCUUCUAUAAUAUUUUACAAGCUUGUGUUUCGCUCAAAACUAAUUGUUGAGAAAGUCCACUUGUGUUUAAAUCUUUACAGUCUUGGUAAAUUCUAUCACUGAAUUCUCCAACAGGAAACAAUGGACAGUAAUUAGAGGUACAAACAAAAAACUGAUUUUGUUUUUGUUAAUUGGGAAUGAUGAGAUUAAUAGUAUUACAAACUCUAUCCCAAAUAAAAUCAGCCAAUUUAGAAUGGAUUGGUGACAGUGACCAGAUCCUGCAGUGUAUGUAUGGCUGAAAGUGUAUUUUACCACUGAGUCAUUUGCAAGCUAGGUUCAGGCUUCUAACUACAAAUUGGAUAUAACUCAAAAUUGUAGCUUUUUUGACUGGUUAUUAUAAACAAGUUGGAUUCCUAAAUUUGAAUUACAAAUAAAGUGUAAUGUCAAAUUCCUUCAUUAGAUGCAAUUUCAAUUUUAGCUAAUGUGUUAGUUGGACAUAUAAAUUGACAAAAAUAAAUAAUGCUGCAACAUUUCAGUCUUAAAAGUUUAAUGUUUAAAUACUGUCUGUAAACCUUAAAUCAGUGACAAAUUUGAGAACUGGAAUUUAGAACAAAUAGUCGAUAAGCUGAAAUUUCAUUUGAUUUGAGAAUCUACAUCUUGUCCCAAAAAAUAAAUUUAAAGCAAUCAAAUCUAAAUAGCUGACAAAAAGAAACAUCACUGAUCUGUCCAAUUCUACCUGCUCACUAGAAAACUAUCUAUUUCACAUUUACUGUGCAUUAUGUUGUAAACAGAGAUUUAUCUUCACUGUUUUGGCAAUAGUUUGGGAUUGGGCUUUGUUUGUGUUCUAGAUUUGUCUAGGCACUAGGGCUAACUUUCAAGUAAGAAUCUACGUUUUGACAUGUUUGUUUCAUUUAAAUGUGGAGUUACUCCUAAUUUCUGGUGUUGAAAUGUAAAACUACUUUCUGUGUUUGAAGAGAUUCUUAGAUCAAACUGGUUUUCACUAAACACAAACUAAUCAGAAAGCAAUUCUGAAUGCAACAAUUGUAUGUUCACGCAAACAAAAUAAAGACAAAAUGUUAAUGGUUUCCUAA